AAUAUAUAUUUAACAAAGAUCUAUGUUUUUUGUUUUUAUAAUUAUCAUUUAGAAGAUGAUGUACGCAAAUAUGUUUUCUUCGAAUAAUCGCGGCUUACCAAAGUCAAGUGUUUGUAAAUGAAGAAAGUAUCAUUAAGCUAUGCAAAUAAAUUUUGUAUGAGCUACUUUAUUUUUAGCGAAACAUAGCAAUCAGUCGUUCCAUCGUCGUUGUCUUCAAUAUUUAGGUUAAUAAACUGGUAAUUUUAACACUGUUAGAAUUAUUUAUACAACAUUGUCAACGUUUAGAGAAUUUUAUGAAAAUUGUGACCAUAGGUAAACAUUUUAAAACCAAAAGUUUUCUUUUUUUUAUUACUGAUAAAACAACAUUGUUUUUGGCAAUCCACAAUUAACAUUUUACACGGACAGCAACCAUCUCAGACAAAAAACAGAGGGUUCCCUAACUUAACAGAUUUAUUCAUGUUUUACGAACAACAGUUAUUUGUAUUUUUCCAUCACUAACUGAACAUUCUAGAAGAGUCUCGCAUGGUUUGCUAUAUUUAGAUGCAAUCAUAUAAAUAAGAGGUAAACAUAGAAUAUAUCAUUUGAUAAAACGAAGCAAACUUGUAAGUACUGCUAGGAUUAGCUCGUGUCAGCAAAAUAAAUUUAUACUGAAUAAAGAUAUAUUAAACAAAUAUCUAUCUUGAUUGUUUUCAAAAUCACAAAUAAAACUUACUAAAAAAAUUCUAAUACCUACCUAUUUUGUUUAUCUUCACGUUCUUUAAUGUUUUUCAUAGAUAAGUUUUCGGUCUUCGAUAAUCGAAGUACAAAAGUGGAAUGUGGGUAAAUAAAAAUAUAUUAAAAUAUAGAAUAAUUAAGCUACAAAAAUAAACUUUAUGUAUGCUACUAAUUUUGAGUCUGUGAAUUUUAUGCUUGCAUGCAUACUAUUAUGGUUUUGUGUAUAUGAUUUCGUUUACGAUAAGGCCUGUUUUUGGCCCUCCCUAUUUUUCUCAUUUUUCAAAUUCCGUUUUGGAAAGCUACUUAUUAUGUUAAAACAUUCCCUGAUGUUUGAAGUUUGUUUGGAUUAAAUUCAAAGCCCCCAAUUUUCACAACUGAAAGAGAUGAGGGGAGUUAACUUUCUCUGGUAUUAUUCAGAUAUUGUAAUUAUUAUUCAUUUUGCAGGUGAUUUUUCAACAAUUUUUUUUUAGUGCCUGUGCCAACGUGACCAAGGAUUUUUUUUAUUCUAAUGUCAUGAGAAUUGUUUUUGCUGUCUAAACCGCCAUAAUUUUUUUCCGGGUCAAGCAGGCGAACGCUAAAAAAUUAAGAAAUAAUGGCAAAAAAUCGUUUUUUUUCGUUGCCCUUUUACCCUCAAAACCUCACCCAUUUUCCGAAAUUAAUGGUUUUGAAGUUCAUCCAAACAAACUUCAAACCUAAGUGAAUACUUUAAUGUGAUAAGUAGCUCCCCAAAGAAAAUGAAGAAAUAGGGGGGACAAAAACGGGCCUUAUCGUACCUUGUCCUUUGCCUAUCUUGGAGAGAGUGGAGAACAUUUUUUCGGCGACUGAAUAUAAAAAAAAUCAUUUAAGCUGCUGUUAGGACAACUCAUUAGGUCUCGCUAUUCUGUUAAUUAUUAUAUGAUAAUUAAUUCAACUAUUGCUUUCGUUUUAAAGAAUAGCAUAUUCGUAACUUUUAUCCUGUCGUGUGUUGAAGCAUGGCCAAUAUAUUCGUUUCAAAUUUCUCCUGCUGUAUUUUACCAAGCAAAUGAAAUUGCUAUACUCUUUAAAUAUACACAAGCAAUAUAAUUGCGCUGGAUAUAUAUAUGCAUGGACAGACCUAUACAAACAUAUAAGUUCUACUGAUGAGUUUUUAUGAAAUUGAUAAACCGAUGACAACUCUUGUGAUUUUGUCUAGCUAACACAAUGGCUGUUCCAGACUAUAAUGGCGAAGACAGUACUGACGUUGACAUGUAUGUUCAUGAACAUGUGAAGGAUAAGAAUAAAGUGUUGGAAGACAGUGUCGUUGAAACAGACAGUGACAGCAGUACUUGUGACGAAAACGUAUUAUCUGUUCAGAAUCUAAAGCUCGAUAAUUCUACAUCCUUCCCUGCAGAAUCAAUUACAAGAAAGACAAACUUCGCAGUUAUUCUAUGUGUUCUUGGUUGCAUCAUGAUGAGUUUCAAACAAAUACGUUGGCAAGAACAAAAUAAGAGAAUGAGCAAGUCCAAAAUUGACAUUGACUUUAUAUUUUCUAAACAUAAAGCAAAAAUGAAAGAAUUGAAGGAACAUCCGAAGACACGGCUCUGGAUUAACAAGCUUGUUAAAACAUUCUAUCUCAUUCCAAGGACAAUUGUUCAAACGUAUGUGUUGAACCCACAGGACUAUAGCAAUUUUAUCAAGGAACAGAAGACUGGAUUGACGUCGUCUUUAAAGGAAUCAAUGCAGUUUGAAUGGUGCAGAUUAGCUAGUUUUGCUAAUUAUCCCCAUACUAAUAUUUCAGUGAUACGACUUGCUGAAGCUGGAUUUCACUAUGAGGGAAACGUAAAUGAGGUCGUCUGCUCUUUUUGUGGAUUGAAAUAUAAAAAUUGGAGGUCAAAAGAAAGCCCAGUACAAAUACAUAAAGACAAUGCACCUCAAUGUUCUUUUGUUGUGAAUAACUUAAAUAUCAAAACAAGAACCAAUGACAGACCGACAUCUGAUAUUUUUGUUGGUGCAUGUGGAAACUCCACAGAAGCGCCAAACUUAUCGGUAAUAAAGGAAAAUAAAGAAGAAACAUCUCCAGCAAGGGACAAGAAAACAAAUGAAACAUAUUCAGAAAACAAUGUCGCCAUGGACCGGAAUAGAUUUACUAUGGAAACUAAUGUUACAGCUGGCAACGAUAGCAGGUUGGCUAAGGAAAGCCUAGAGAACAGCUCAUCUCCAAGGAAAACAAAUUCGGAGUUCCCAGUUUUUUCCCGAAACAACGUAAAUGGUCUCAUUAGCAUUCCAGAAAACAACACAGCCCUGCAGUCAUCAAUUCAACCACCACGCACAUCUGUCCCUAUCAGCUCACUCACUUCAAAUAUGGAGGCACUGAGCAUGGGCGUUUGUCUAGAAAAGCCCAAAUAUCCAAAAUAUGCUAUAAGGACAACUCGAUUGUCAUCAUUUGCAAAUUGGCCUUCUAACCUUUCUCAAUCACCAGAUGAACUGGUGACUGCAGGUUUCUUUUAUACCGGCAUAGAAGAUCAUUGCAGAUGUUUCUUUUGUGGAGGUGGUCUGCGAAGAUGGGAAGUUGGGGAUUUGCCAUGGACAGAACAUGCGCGGUGGUAUCCAAAAUGUCAAUUUGUAGCACAGUGUAUGGGAGAAAAGUUCAUUGAAGAUGUACAGCAUGGAAAGGAUCCUGAAAAUAUUUCAAAUAUCUCACAUCCGGAGCAAAAUAUCAAGCCAAAAAGGUUAAAUGGUUACACCAAUAAUCCAGCAGUGCAAACAAUCCUAGAAUUUGGAUAUGAACCAAAUGUAGUCAAAUCAGCUUAUACGAGCCUACAAACAGCUGGAGUUCAUGAUAUAACAGCAAGUUUAUUGUUUGAAACAAUUAAUGAAAAAGAAGAAAGAGAAAAAACGCAUUCGGCUUGUAAUGAUCCUGUUAAAAGUAGCACUAAAGCAGCACACGAAGAAAACAAUCAUUUACAGGAUAUACCUAAAGACGAACAGGCCAUAGUUGACCCAGACAUUGAAUUAUCAGUGAAAAGUCUUGAAGAUGAAAAUAGAAACUUGAAAGACCAACAAACAUGCAAAAUAUGUCUAGAUGAACCAGUGUCCAUCGUUUUUUUACCAUGUGGGCAUAUGGCAGCGUGUAUAAACUGUGCUCCGGCACUAAGACGAUGUCCGAUCUGCAGAGCUUUCAUUAAAGGAACAGUGAAGGCAAUAAUGUGUUAAGAAGGUUGUCCUGGAGAAGGAUUACCAAAGAAGUCCAUUACACUCAGAAAUGGCUAAACAUACAUUCAUGAAGUAAAAAAAACUAAAGGAUGUCAAGAAGUGGGAUCUUUGCAUUUAAAUAAACCUUUGAAACAUACGCUUAUUGAGACAUCCAGUUUCUAAAGAUUUUACAAAUUGACCCUUUAAAGCUUGGAAUGGAUAUCAGUGAUAUCUUUGAUUUAUUAAACUAUAUGUAAACAAUAAUGCUUAGCUAUUUUUAAAAAGUUCUCUGUAUAUGUUAUGACAUACACAAUUACAAUACAUGUAAUAGUCUGCCUCUUUUAUGUUUGUUUAUUUGUAAUAGUGUACCAUAAUAAAACUAGCUUUACUUCGAA